UCUUGUUCAACCUAGCAAUCAAAAAUCCUUUCCAAGAAAUGGCUGCCCUCGCUUGGCUGAUAAUCGUCCUCGUCGGUCUCUCCAUGAUCACCAACGACCACGUGGCGGUGGUGGUUGCGGCGCCGGCGUCGACGGAGGCGUAUUCGUUCGCCGACCACUCCUGCGGCCUGAUACCGAUCAGUCCGUCGAGCCCAUUGGGCCAGGCGAGAAAGGGCAUCCUCAUCAACGUGGUCAACGUCCACAACUCUCACCCGGGCGAGUUCUCGACGUGCAUCAACGGGCUCGAGUUUCUUCGCUCGGAAGUUUUCGCCGGAAUGCCUGCCGCCGCUGAUGGAUAUUGCCGAUGACGUUAUUUCCCGGGACUGAGUGCAUCAGCAAAUGGGACUACAGAAAAUUGAGAUACCCAAAUGUAUAGAGAGCCUGGGAUUUCAUGGUACCCAAAUGAUCCCCCCGGGACCGAAGUACAGAUUGGGCUCGUCGUCCUCCCUGAAUCCCCUGUCAAGGAAAAGCUCGUCGCUUCCGUCGUAACCGUCGAUGACCUUCCAAUCAAGCGCUUCCACAGCUACGAGUUAAAAGGUGAAUUCAAUUUGAAAGUUCUAAUCCUUCUUCCGGAGGCGGCGGUGGCGAUAAAGCUGGAAACACUUGCCUCCGGCGACUUUGUUGGUCCGGCGGUCCCUGCAAUCAAUUUUCCUCAGCCGAGAAGUAAAGAACCAAUUAAUGGCCCCAAUGGUCCGUUUCGUCCCAUUUGGUUUUAAUACAUCACUUAUGUUAUUUGAUGUUAUUGGAUCUUUAAUGAUCCGUUACAAGUGAUUAAUGAGUCACUAAAGCGAUCCUUAUGGCGCUCUACGACCUUUAUGGUUGGUUUAUAUCUCAAUUAUGG